AUGAGCUGGAACCCACCUAUUCCAUAUGGUCAAUCAAGAACGAUUUACGGGCCCCCUCAACAAAGACCUGGUCUUCCCUCGGUUCCUCCGUAUGCUGGUCGACCUCCAACUCAACCUUAUGGAACUAAUCAAAUACCUCCUUAUAUACCGCCUCCACAAUCUCCAGCGUCUAUUUGGACAGAACACACUUCACCCGAUGGUCGUACAUAUUAUUACAAUACAAUAACAAAGCAGAGUUCUUGGGAUAAACCUGACGAAUUAAAAACCCCAGAAGAGCGCGCAUUGGGAUCUUGCCCUUGGAAAGAAUAUACAGCCGAGGAUGGUCGUAAAUAUUAUCACAAUUCUGUCUCACGUCAGUCCACAUGGGAUAUGCCUACCGAAUAUAAAGAGUUUCUUGAAAGGCUUGAGCUUGAAAAGAAGACCCAAUCGAAUCAAGAAGGAUCGGCUCCUGGUAGUGCACCAUUAGCUUCCCCAAGUCAACAAGAUUUAGAAAAAGCUCGUCAAUUAAGUGUUCCUUCUGUUGGACAAGUUAACGUUACCCCAGUGAAUACACCAAUUAGACCCUCAGGGGUUGCCACACCAAUUGGUGGUGUAAAUAUACCAAUUAUACAACCUCGUCACCCAGAGGUCAAAAUUGAAUUUGAAUCAAAAGAAGAAGCUGAAGCAGCAUUCAAACAGUUGCUCAAAGAUUCUGGUGUGAAAGCGGAUUGGAGUUGGGAACAAACUAUGAGAGCAAUAAUAACCAAACCUAUGUAUCGGGCUCUUAAAACUUUGAUUGAACGCAAACAAGCGUAUCAAGAUUACAUCGAUGAAUUGAGAAGAGUUGAAGAAGAAGAAAGGAGGAGUCGAAUUACCAAAAUGCGACAAGAUUUUAUUACAAUGCUUGAAUCUCGUCCCGAAGUAAACUCUUCCACACGUUAUAGAAAAAUUUGUGAUUUAUUUGGAGAUCACCCUGCAUUCCUUGCCAUCGAAGAUGAUAGACAACGAGAAGAAAUAUUCGGGGAAUAUAUAUAUGAAAUGCGCAAACAAGAAAAAGAAGCUGCACGUCUUAUGCGUAAAGAGAAUAUGGAUAAGUUCUCAAAACUUCUUAAAUCUCUUCCGAAUAUUACUAUUCGAACUUUAUGGAAAGAUGCUCAAACUAUAUAUAAGAAUACACCCGAAUAUCAAAACGAUCCUCAGCUACAAAAAAUGGAUAUGCUGGAUUUCUUAGCUGUCUUUGAAGAAUACAUGAGAUUUCUAGAAGAGCAGGAUGUAGCUCGUCAAAAGCGUGCAGCUGAAGCUAAAAGACGUCAGGAACGUAAGAAUCGAGACGCUUUCCGUGCAUUAAUGGAAGAACUACGUCAAAAAGGAAUUAUUACUGCUAAAUCGAGAUGGAUGGAAAUAUACCCAAUAAUUGCGGCCGACGAAAGAUACACAAAUAUUCUUGGUCAACCAGGCUCCACGCCACUUGAAUUGUUCUGGGAUGUGGUUGAGGAACUUGACGAGAUAUUAUAUCAACAGCGCAAAAUAGUGAUGGAUUUUGUGAAAUCGAGAAACAUUUCAGUUCAUCCUAGCAUGACGUUUGAUCAGUUCAAAUCUACUGUCAGUUCAGAUGAACGUUGCGCAAUAGUAGGAGAUAUUAAUUUGAAAAUAAUUUUUGAACAGCUGCAGAAAAAACAAGAGAAAAAGCAACGUAGAAAAAUGGAUGCAUUCAAAUCAAUUUUAAAACAUUUUGAGUCGAUGAUUACUCCAGAGGCUACCUGGGAGCAGGUUCGGCCUGUGCUUGAGAAAACUGAAGAGUUCCAUGCGAUUGAUAGUGAAAAAAUUCGCAUAGAAGUUUUUGAUCGAUUCAUGGAUCGUUUAAAGGAAAAACGAAUGAAAAGAGACCAAGGCGAUAGCGAAGAAGACAUUCUAAAGGAAGAAGAUUAUGACGAUGAUAGACAUUCCCCGGAACGUAAACGAAAACAUAAAAGCCAUAAGUAUCAUCGUCGAACUCAACAAUAUUCAGAUAAUUCUGCGGAUAGCAUGGAUUAUUCUGAUAAAGAAAGAGACGGAAGCGAAAAGAGAAAACGCAGAAAGAAAUCUAAAUAUGAUGAUCAUCGUUAUGACGAGCCUCGUUAUACCGAUCCGCGGUACUUGGAUCAUCAAAGAUACGCGGAUCAAAGACAUAUAAUAGAUACAAAAUAUUCUAAUGAUUAUCCACCACCAACUCUCGAUGAUUAUAAAUUACAAGCAUUGAAAAUUGAAGAAUAUAAAAUGGAAGCUCUUCGGCAGCAAGAAAUUGCCCGGCUUGAAGCUGCACAAGUUGCACAACGGCACCGAAUAGAAACAUCACAAAUCGAAUCUCUUUCGAUCUCCGAUGUACCAAAAUCAGCAGAGUACGAAAAUGAUCAUGUGCAGCAACCAACGAAACAUGAAGAUUCGAGCGAGGAAGAAGGCGA